AUGCCCACCUAUUCCUCCGUAUCCAAAGUUGAUGUGCUUAUAAUCGGCGCUGGUCCGGCUGGGCUAAUGUGCGCACUAUGGAUGGCUAGGCUUGGUAUUAAUGCUCGUGUUGUGGAGAAAAGAGCCACUCCUGUUGCUGCGGGACAGGCUGAUGGCAUUCAAUCGCGUACAUUCGAGAUCCUAGAUUCUUUUGGAUUGGAUCAAAUUUGGAGAGAAUCAACUCACGUCAAAGAGGCAACGUUUUGGGAUCCAGAUGAGAAUGGCAAGAUCCACCGCAGCUCAAGAGUUCCAAAUAAUAUGAAAGGCCUGUCGCGCUUCGACUGCACAGGUACGAUUCACCAAGGUGUUAUCGAAGGCUUCCUUAUACGAGCCAUCAGAGCGUCAGCAUCUGUACCAAGCCACCCUGAGGUGAGAAUUGAGGGCAAUAUUGCCCCAUCUUCCCUCCAUAUCGAUGCAACUCUUAUCGAUGAUCAAGAUGCCUAUCCUGUGAUGGUUACCCUAAAACAUUUUGACGAAAACGCCCAACCGGGGGCGGAGGAGCUGGUUCUGGCAAAGUAUCUGGAAUUUAGGCUGCGGGGCGAGACUACGGCGGCCAUCUGGGGUGCGAUGGAUAUAAUCCCGGUCACUGACUUUCAAGCAGCCGAUAUUCGAGUUCGCAGUAUGGUGCGCAGUACUAGCGGUGGAAGUCUCAUGAUAAUUCCAAGGGAAAAUAAACUCGUUAGGCUGUACAUUCAAUUAACGGACAGUUUGUCAACUAAUGGCCGGCUGACCAGAUCCAUGGUCACCCCUAAGGUGCUGAUAGAGACUGCCAGGAGAAUUCUCAGCCCUUACACCAUUGACUUCACGUAUAUACACUGGUGGAGCGCAUAUCGAAUUGGACAGAGAUCAGGAGAUCAUUUUGAUAAGCAAGGACGUAUUUUCCUUGCCGGCGACGCCGUUCACACUCAUUCGCCAAAGGCAGGACAGGGAAUGAACGUAUCUAUGCAAGAUACGUAUAAUCUGGCCGUUAUUCCGACCUAUGAUAUGGAGCGUAAGUUGGUGGCGAAAGAACUGAUCGCAUUCGACCGGAAGUUCUCCGAAUUACUUUCGAUGCACUCCGCCAAAGAUAUUAUGGAAACAUCAGUCGAGCUUAAACAAUUUUUUAAGAAAGCGCCACUAUUCACAACUGGUAUUGGUGUAAACUAUGCCUCGAGUAUUCUCACACUUGUAGACAAUGAAGCACACGGCCUCGCGAAAUACACUGUCCCAGGAAAGAGAUUCGCCUCGUGUCAAGUGACAAAUCACUCUGAUGGUCGAAUCUGGGAGCUUCAUCAUCGCACGCCAUCCGACGGACGCUUCCGCAUCAUGGUUUUUGGCGGCAAUAUCGCCAAUGACGAGCAACGAUUUGCAGUCAAUACCUUGGGACAGUGGCUAGGCAAGACAUUAAUUCCACGAUAUCCUCUGAUCAAUAUCUGCCCCAUUGUCGAUCGUCGUCUGCAGACUGUCCGAUUCCAAUCCGAACUAAUGACGCCAAUGAUAGAGAUAUUCCUGGUGCAUACGGCUCCUCGUAGCCAGAUAGAUGUGCUACGGGACGUAGACUCUACGUAUCAUUCGUGGCAUCCCAAGCUCGGCUGGGACUAUGACCAUAUAUUCACGGCAUCUAGAGUCGCCACUGAAGACGCUAUCCAGUCAACACAGAGUGUAUAUGAAGAUUAUGGGAUUGAUGAGGAGAGAGGUGCUGUCGUAAUUGUAAAACCGGAUGGACACGUCGGGAUGGUAACUAGUGUCGCUGCAAAGGAGGCACGGACUAGGAUUUGUGACUGGUUUGACGGCAUAUUACAAGGCCUGAGUAACUAA